GCUGUGACAGAUUAUCAAGAGUGAAGCUCCCCAGCGCUCCCCAGCAAUGGCAGGGAAAAAAGUCCUGAUAGUGUAUGCACAUCAAGAGCCCAAGUCCUUCAAUGGAUCUUUGUUGAAGAUUGCUGUGGAAGAGCUGACCAAGCAGGGCUGCAGUGUCACCGUGUCGGAUUUAUACGCCAUGCAGUUUGAGCCCAGAGCAACAAGGAAUGACAUUGUUGGUCACCUGCACAACUCAGAAGCGUUCAAUUAUGGUGUGGAAACCUGGGAAGCUUACAAGAGAGGAUGUUUGUCCAAAGACCUGGUUGAAGAGCAGAAGAAAGUGCGGGAAGCAGACCUGCUGAUUUUUCAGUUUCCCUUGUUUUGGUUCAACAUGCCUGCAAUCCUGAAGGGCUGGAUGGACAGAGUCUUGGUCCAAGGCUUUGCUUACGAUUUGUCAAAGGUUUAUGAUAAUGGUUUGCUUCAGGUAUGUUUUUGGAAUUGUUUUACUAAGGUCAAGGCUUGCACCAUAUUCUAUGGGUCCUUGUUCAUUCUUUUCCAUUGUAGCUGUUUAGAGCUCUUACUUUUCACUGCUCUGAAAUAA